AUGUGUUUUUGCAAGGCCCUGAUGUAUGUUGAGCUGUCUAAGAAGACGCAUGCUAAUAAGUAUGGGAAGUAUGUGAAGAAUGAUACUAUUGUGAUAGACAACGGGGUGUAUGAGUGCAAGGCAGGAUACAGUGGGCAGAAGCCUCAGAUGGUGUUCAGAAAUGUGCUUUAUCGGCAGAAGAAGAGUGCUUCGAUAGAAAGCUUCCAAGGUGCAACACUAAAGACGAUGUUUGAUGGAGAUGUUGUGGUAAACUUUGAGAUUCUUGAAAGCAUGAUUGACGAGGUUCUUGCAUAUCUGAAGCCAGAGAAGCUCCAGAACUUGAUUAUUACCGAGAAAAUAUACAGCCCAACGCAUGCAGAGCUUGUGAAGUUUCUUUUUGAAGUGUAUGGGUUUGAGACGAUACAGAUAGGUGUUGACAGCUACUAUUCGUAUCUCUGGAAUAUGAAGGACGAGGACUGUAUGGUUGUAGACAUGUCGCACACGGCUGUUACUUGCCUGGUCAUAUAUAGUGGAAGAAUAGCAGAUGUUUACAAAAUCAACUUUGGAGGAUGCGCUGCUGAAGAGUAUCUUUGCUUGUUGAUGUUCAACAAGUUUCUUGAUGGCAAGAAGAGUUAUGGAGGGCUGGUGAAGUAUCUCAAAUGCAGUAGAGACUAUUGCAGGGAGGCGACUGAUGUGCUUGGGGAGAUGAAGAGGAGGGAGUAUUCGAGAAGCUAUUUUCUGGACGAAGAGGCCGAGACAGGAUACCAAAGAUGCACAAGCGCAAAGCAAAAAAGAUGCCCAACGCCAAUCAGCACUGGCACAGUGCCUGAGAUCAACAAGAAUCUACUGAAUGCAGCCGAUUCUGAUCUGAACAACGAGGAGAUAAAAGAAAAGAAGAGGCAAAGGAUUAUGUAUCAUUCUGCGCUUCACAGAGUCAAAUCCAGAGCAGAAAAAUGCCUUGAAAAAAUGAGGAAGUGUAUGAGCCUGGUGGAAGAGAAGAUUGCAAGAAUAAGCGACCCCGAUGGAUUCGUUAAUGCAAAGAAGGCUGAAUUUCAGAAGCUGAAGAGAGAACUGGAGCUAAGGGGGAAAAUAAGAAGAGAUGUAAAGAACAGAAAGACGUAUGAAUUUCAGGUAAGGUUCAAAGAAGGGGAGCUUACCGAUGACGAGAAGCAGCUGAUUGCAAAAAUAAAGGAUGCAGAGGACAUGAAUCAGGAAGUCAUGAUUAUUGAUUCGCUGAGGAUGCUUGUUAGCCAAAUCAAGGAGCUGGAUCCGUAUUUCGAACCUUUUGCUGCAGAUGUGGUAGAUAUACUGAAUGGAUAUUCAAUAGGAAGGACGUGCGUGAAUAUUGAUCUGAUGAGGAUACCGGAGAUAAUCUUUUCGCCAUCGCUUGUAGGCUUGGAUCAGAUGGGGCUUACUGAAAUAAUGGAAAAUGUUAGCAGGAAAUAUGGCACAAGAAAGGUACUUCUUACAGGUGGGUUUUCACAGAUAGAAGGAAUUGGCGACAGAAUGCAAAUAGAGAUGUCAAGUAUGUCUGUUACAGGAGAUGUGCAGGUUAUCAUGGCGGCUGACCCUAUUAAUGAUGCAUUCAAGGGUGCAACGAUGUGCAACAUGUUUCCUGUGUAUACUAUUGAUCAAUACCGCUGCAUGGGUGCUGAGGAGAUGAUAAGAAGUAUGAAUAGCAGCGCAGACUAG